AUGGAAUCCUUAAAUUUUCACAAAAUCAAAUUAGAGAAAGAAAAUGCUAUGUUAAGGUACAAAAAGCGUCAAAACGUGACAAUAUUGUUCCGUUUCAUUGAAUUCUGCAUAUUUUUCGCCAUAAUCUCAAGAUUUUCCACUCGAUUGCCACUCAGUUUCAAGCUCUCGAUCGAGUGUUUCAAGGGACUUGGUGUUACCCUCAUUAGUCCUCGAUUCGUCUUUGUUCUUGGAAACACGAUUGUCAUCAUCCUCUUCUUGAAAUCAGGACAUUCGUCUGGUUCCACGAACAAUGUUAAAAUGGAUUUGUACGAGCAAAAAUCUUCAAUGAAUUAUGAAAAGAGCAAGAAACAGAGGAAAGUAGUAGAAAAACCUUACUGUGAACAGAGCAUUCUAGUAGAAAAAUCCUACUGUGAACAGAGCAAGAAACAGGGGAAACAGAGCAUUCUAGUAGAAAAAUCUUACCGUGAACAGAGCAUUGCUAUAGAAGAAGCUUACUGUGAACAGAGCAAGAAACAGAGUAUUCUAGUACAGAGACAAUUAGUAGGAAAAAAACUUAAUCGUAGCCAUUCAGAGAGCUUUACUAGUUUAUCUCAUGAUGAGAAGCCUAGAAAAGAAUUGAUCCGGUCUGCUACAGUAGGAUGCUUAAAAGUUAUACGAACUGACAGUGUAAAAUUGGUGGAUGAUGAAAUGAGCAGCGAAGAAUUCAGGAACACUGUUGAAGCAUUCAUUGCAAGACAACAAAGAUUUUUAAGGGAAGAAGAGUUAUUUUCAGAUGUUGUAUCAACAUAA